AGUGAUAAGUAUAUGAAGUACCACUUCUGUGCAGUAUAUAUUGCCUCUGAAAGGUCGGAAUCUUCAGUAAUACAAUCAUUUGUAUAACACUUCAUCUGUUUAAGGUGUUUAAGAUGGCCUUCUACAAGUUCGCUCUUGUCCUUGCUUUCGCCUGCCUUGCGCAGUGCACACCUUUCAACUCUGCUGCCGUCAACGACUGGCAACAAGUGCUGAAGGUGUCUCUGAACGUCUCGGCGGCGGAUGGCGACAAAAACCCCUUGGUCCAGGGCUACGUCACAUUGACUGUGUAUGGCGACUUCAACAAGACCUCUGACAGCGAAAUGGUCUCCCAACUUGUUCAGGAGAAACUUGCCUCCCUGCAGUACAAGCCUGACAACACCGAGAUGUCCGAGAACUUCAAAGAUGGUGACUCGCUUCCUCUGCUGCUCUCUGUCGAGCUGAAAGCUAAGAUUGACAUCUCUGUCCCAGUCGAAAAGAGCAUCGCCAUAGUAUUGGAUGUCCAGGUCUACGCCAAGAAGAAGGACCACCACCAGGCUCUGGAAAUGGUUAAGAACAUCAAGCCAUCCUUUUAAACAGCAUAAACUGCAAUACAUUUUUUUGAUUUCAUACCGUAAAGAAUAAAUGAAGAAAAGUAUAUACUAACA